CUGAUGUCCAUCACGGUCUCCUAGCAACAGAGAUCAGCUUCUACCAUUGAGAGAGAGGGUCUCCUGAGGUACAGAAGUAUCCACUGAUGUCAUGGAGGACUCGGCCCGUAAGAAGGGUCUGCAGGACUCCUCCAGAGGGGGGGCAGAGGAGGCGUUCAUGGACUUGCUACCUGACGAGCUCCUGGCGCCGUGUGAGGUUAACUCCCAGAAUGCCUCAGCUGAGUUGCCACCUCAACCCGUGACCCCAGUGACCCUUGAGACGCAGCAGCCAGAAAUGCUCUUUCAGAUACACAACGUCGUCUCCACCGCCAAGCUGGGCUGCUCUCUGGACCUGCUGCUCAUAGGCCGCAGGGCCUGGAACACAGAGUACAGACCAGAGGUUUUCCAUGGGCUCACAAUGAGGAUCCGUAGGCCGCCGACCACGGCGCAGCUCUUCACAUCCGGAUCCAUGGUCUGUUUAGGAGCCAAGAGUGAGGAACAGUCUCGGGUGGCAGCCUGGAGGUUUUUCCGCAUCCUGCAAAAGCUGGGCCUCCCGGUCCGCUUCCUGGACUUCAAGAUCCAGAACAUCGUGGCCUCCUGCAAGACCUUCCCGGUCCGAUUGGACCAGCUGUGCCUCCACCAGCCCUGCAGGUCGGGAGGCAGGACGGUUGUAGACCACAUGAGAUGUACAUGCAGUGCAUGAUGUGUUCUCUCUC